CAGGUACGCAUAUGGUAGAAGAAAAAUAUGAACUUUCAUUUUAAGCCCCAAAAUAUUGCCUUUUAAGGUAGAAAAUUUUGUGAAAAUAGAAUAAAUUUUCAGCACUCAAAAAAAAAAAAGCAUUUUUGUGCCUUUGUUUUUUUUUUUUCGAAUUAGCGAUUUCUGUUUAGCUUUGCCGCUUCCUCUCGAUCUUGUAAUUCACAUAGUUAUAUUUUUAAAAACAUUUUUCCAUGAGUAAAAAAGGCCUAAUAUAAUUUCGAUCUCACGAUAAGGAGAAAGCAGAAGCCAGGAAAAGUAGGAAGAACAGAAAUAGUAAGAAUAACACUAAGCAGGAAAAGAAACACACUGAGAAGGGACAAAGUGGAAGGCGAACCCGAAAGCGAAAUUACAAGCGGAGAGAACGAUAGUUAAAACAAGCAGCAACCAUGUAUCGAAACCUGUACGACACAGACAAUAUUAUUUACUCUCCGGAAGGAAGGCUGUACCAAGUCGAAUACGCGAAUGAAGCUAUAAAACAGGGGACCUGCGCCGUGGCUAUAAAGUCCAAGGAUUUUGUGGUCGUUUGUGGACUAAAGAAGCGCAUAAGCAAGUUAUCGUUCCACCAAGAAAAACUGUUCAAAAUAGAUGACUACAUCGGUGUGACGAUGAGUGGCAUAACAUCUGACGCAAAGGUUUUGACGAAGUACAUGCGAAACGAAUGUCUGUCGCAUAAGUUUCUAUUUGAUGAAAAUAUGAAUAUAGAAAAAUUAGUGAAAAAGGUGGCAGAUAAGUAUCAGCAGAAUACUCAGAGGAGUAGUAGAAGGGCAUUUGGUGUAGGGUUAAUAAUAGCUGGAUAUUUUAAGGAGCCCUAUAUUUUUGAAACGAAGCCAAAUGGUUCAUAUUUUGAAUACAUUGCCUUAUCGUUUGGUGCUAGAUCUCAUGCAUCGAAAACUUAUUUAGAAAAAAAUUUACAUUUAUUUGAAAAUUCGUCGUUGGAGGAGCUUACUCUUCAUUGCUUAAAGGCCUUAAGAUGUUCCCUUUCGAGUGAAAAUGAGUUAACUGUAGAAAAUACGUCGCUAGCUAUUGUUGGUAAGGAUAAACCAUGGCAAGAAGUUACCACUGUAGACUUAGUGGAGCUUCUAAUGAGAGUAAACGCUGAACAGCGAACUGAAAAUAUUGAGGCAGACAUUCAGAAUGAGGAAAUUCCUCCAAAUGAAGGAGAUGCACCAAAUCCGCAGGGCGAUCAAAUGGAAUGA